AUGCGCUUCGGCGCAAAUACAUUGGAGAGCUGUAGUGCCUUCACACAGACUGUGAAAGAAGAAACUGGCAUAUCGUUUAUCGUAAUACAUAAUGAUGUAGUGCUCGGAGAAAGUACUCCUCUCAUUAUCGAUCCGGGUUUCAAGGAACCACCGGAAGUUUACGACGUCAACUUCGAGGUCGAAUUUUUAUUUAUAAUUAACGACUACAACAGUAUGAAUUCAAUCGUAUCCACACCGAUUUUAAUAAAGGUAACGAGUGAUGUCCAAGAUCAACAUGUACCUAAUUCUGACAGAUCAGUUACGGAAUCCAAGCAGAAAAUAACAGCGAUCGUUCCACAGCAAAUAUCGACUUCAUCAAGCGUAAUUGGUUUUUGCACUCUCGAUCUAAUGCCGAUAUUGCUAGGUGAAAAAUUACUCGUUGAAAGAUUAAUAAUGCAAACGCCACAUCUUUCGUUUGAUGGCAAUGCGAUCUCGUGGCAAAAUCUUCCUUUGUUAAACGCGACAGUAAUAUACGAUGGCGACGAGAUAUUUCCUUCGCAAGAAAAAAUUAAUUUCUUAAGUGUUACGGUGGAAAGUAUCUACAAUCCACCAAUUUUUUUUACCGAAGAUGCGGAUUAUAAAGUGGGCACGAUAAUAUAUGUUGACAAUAAGUUUCCAGAAAAUGUAAAAUUCGAAGACGGUAAAUGGACAAAAUAUCGCGAUCUGGAGAGAUUCAAACGAUGGCGAAGCUUAUCAAAGUUACAGAGUCUUGCCAGAUUGUCGAAGUGGAAACUCAAUUACGAUGACCCACAUAUAAAAAACAUGCUCGACGUAGAACUCGACUUACAGAAGAAAAUAUGUCAGGACGAACCUAGAAUCGAGUGGAACUUUAUGAAUCGCAGCAUAUUGUGGGAUGUGGGAAGCGAAAUGAUGAAGAAGCAUCUUAUCAAGUAUAAAUAUUGGCCAUUCCAAUUUAUGAUAAGCAAAAAGAGCAAUAUUGAACCAAACAAAGAAGAAUUGAGUGAAUGUCAACUUUUACAGUGUUACGUCGAUUUAUCAGAGCUUGUUUUUCCAGGAAUAAAAAGCACUCGUGUAAUUGCGCAAUUGUACACGCAUGAUGCAUCGAGUAUAGCCGAGAAGACUGGUUUAGAAAAAGAUAUUUUCUAUAUAGAACCUCAUAAAAAUUUAAAAGAAAGAAUUUCUUCAAAUUGGAUUUCUAAUUAGACGGAUAACAAAAUAAUGGAAAGUAGCCCGUUAAUUUCGGAGACUGGCGAACCUGUGUUUGUUAUAAUCGAGGUCGAGCUUUUUUAUCCACUUGUCCCUUGUAGACUUGAAAAUGACUUUUCAGACAUAAUCGAGAAGAUGAUAAAGCCGAAAGAAACUAAGUCGCAUUACGUUUAUUCUCUCGAUUUAGCGGAGCAGCAAUAUGCAACUUGUAUUCGAGAAAUAGUAGAGAUUAUAACGGAAUGUUACAGGGAUGAGCUAACUUGUUUCACGCAAUAUCUGUACAAAACUGGCACGUACUUAAAUAUACGUAGCACUUUGAAGCUGAAAGUGAUCACGUUACUGGAUCAAAAAUUCAAGACAAACAUGAAUACUGUACACUCUAUUGAGAGUCAGAAUUUUAUAGCAUCCGUAUACACGUAUCUCGUUGAACAAAUGCAUCAGGCCAUCAACAAGAUCGUUGAAAGCCGUCUUAAGGUCGACGAUUUGCCGAGCAUUGUAAUACCUAAAAAAUUAUUUUUCUAUGCUGAAGAAGCUUAUGAAUUAGGUCAUGUAGAUGAUGCAAGACGACAUUAUCAGACUGUACAUAACUCAAUCAUUUAUAUUAACUCUUUUACCGCGUGCAUGUUGCCGAUUUCGUGCAACUGGAGAGCAAUCGCGGAAAAUGAAAAUAAUACCAAAGCGUGGACCAAAUAUGCGAUUUUUCUCUUGAAAAUUAGCGAAACUGAACGCGCAACGGAGUGUUGUCAUGAAGCGAUUCGUUUGAACAGACAAGAUAAAUUCGCUUUAUUGAUACUUGGAUUGAUCCUCGCGGAAGAUCAGAAUUAUCAAGAAGCAGAAAUCUUUCUGAGAGCUGUUACUGAUUUUUAUCCUCAAUUUGUUGAAGGAUGGGUUAUCUUACAUCUUUUUUACACGCGCACAAAUUACAGCCCAGGGAUAGAUCUUGCGUUGCGAAUGGCGGAAAAAAGCAUGAAAAACAGCGAUAAAAAGAUCUCAAGCGAAGAUUCUCUCGCUUGGACAAUGAUUCACUGUCCACAGGAUAACGUAUUUAUGAUAACAGCCACACUCCUACUAAAACUGCAUUUCUGCAAUUUUGUUGACUUAGCGUUGGAGAAAGAAAUAUCUCGAGCAGGCAGACCAACCCAUGUUCUAUAUUAUUUAGCCGUGCGAUGUUACUUAUCGCAGCAAUACGAAGAAGCUUUAUCGCACUUGAAAGAAGCCGAAAGUAUUUAUGGACUGGAUUACUCUAUAGCUAGUUUAAUGGGACACUGUCAUUUUCAAGAGGGUAAUUUCGCAGAUGCCAUUCAUUGCUACGAGUUCGCCAAUUCAAUGUUCGACAGGCCGAACGAUUUGCAUCUCGUGCAAAUCAGAAUGGGACAGUAUUACGAAAACGCUGGUAAUUACGAGCGUGGGUUAAAAAUAUUCCUCACAGAAUGCAAAACUUCACCCACGGCGGAAACGUGGCUUGGAGCAGGAAUCGCCUUUUUUGAGCUGCAACGAUUCACGGAAGCCGAGAUGGCUUUAUCAGAGGCGAAUCAGAUCGAUAAUCGUAACGUGAUUGUUUGGAAAUAUUUAUGUCUGUUAAACAUGUCUUUACAACGUGACGACGAAUUUGCUCAGUGUUACGAACAAAUCGCCCAGGACAAUACGGCUUUCUCUCUAGAGAAACGGUCCCUCAAACCGCGGGAUGGAAAAUCGGGAUCGGUCAUGCUCUAAAAACUCUAGAUGCCACAGACGCUGUAGCAUAUAAAAUUCCCGUCUUUGAUUCAGAAAUUUAUUAUAGUUAACUCCACAAUUGCGAUGAGAUUGAUGGGUACUUUUGUUAUACUUUGUUUGCUCGAUGUAGCGAUAUUUACGACGAUUAGCUGCAAUGAGUCAAGCAGUGCAAUGCGUCAUUCAGUUUUAAAAAAAGAUGACGUUCCGCGGAUCAAAAUAAAGGUGUUUCGUGGUCCAACGCAGGAAGAGAAUGACGAAUAUUUCGCUACUUGGGGAUAUUGGAUUCAACAACCCAGCAGAUAAUGUCGAUGUGGCAAUCUUUCUGGUUUUACUUGCUCUCUAUCAUUUAUAUGUAAUAAUGAAAUAAAU